AGUGGACCUCAUAUCGGAGUUCGAAUAUGACCUCUUCAUACGUCCGGACACCUGUAAUCCUAGGUUCCGUCUGUGGUUCAACUUCAUCGUCGACAAUGUGAGAACCGAUCAGAGGGUGAUAUUCAACAUUGUUAACUUCAGCAAGACCAAGAAUCUCUUCCGAGACGGAAUGACGCCACUGGUAAAAUCAACUAGUCGUCCAAAGUGGCAGCGCAUGCCCAACAAGCACGUGUACUACUACCGGUCACCGGAGCACCAGCAGCAGCACGUGCUGAGCUUCGCGUUCGCCUUCGACCGCGAGGAGGACGUGUACCAGUUCGCGCUCACCUACCCCUACUCGUACUCGCGCUGCCAGGCGCACCUCGACCUGCUCGAGCGCAAGGCUUUCCCGCACUUCAAGCGAGAGCUGCUUGCUACGUCCCUGCAACAACGGAGAGUGGAUCUUCUGACGAUUACACAGCCCAGUAACAUGACUCCAGGAGGGAAACGGCAGCAUGUGGUGGUCAUUCUGAGUCGUAUACACCCUGGAGAAUCACCCACUUCCUACGUCUGCCAGGGGCUGAUUGACUUCAUGGUGAGCAGUCAUCCAAUUGCAGUCACUCUUCGCGAACAUGUCGUUUUUAAAGUGAUUCCCAUGAUGAAUCCCGAUGGAGUCUUCCUGGGAAACUACAGGUCAACGCUGACAGGGUUCGAUCUGAACCGCACGUGGCAUCAGAUCUCCCGCUGGGCGCACCCCGAGCUGCACGCAGUGCACACCAUGCUCACGGAACUGGACCAGAACAAGGACGUGGAUCUGGACUUCGUUCUCGAUUUCCACGCCCAUUCAAGUUUACAAGGUGUUUUCAUCUACGGAAAUACUUACAACGACGUUUACAGAUACGAGAGGCAUAUUGUAUUCCCGAAGAUGUUAGCUCAAAAUGCAGAAGACUAUACGCCUACAAACACAAUGUACAACAGAGACGUCACCAAGCAAGGUACAACACGUAGAUUCUGCUGUACGGCGCUGAAGGACUCCGUCAACAGCUAUACACUUCAAGUAUCGCUCUUUGGAUACCAGAGCCCAAACAACUCGUCCCUUUUCUACUAUACGGAGGAAUCUUACUGCCGACUGGGCCGUAACGUGGCGCGUGCCUUCCUAGACUACUAUCGCGCUGUGGGCGUCGUCACAUCGCCACCUGCUGCCGCCACUAAUGAUGAUGAUACAUAUGGUAGUGAAUGUACAGUAUAG